UUCAAACUGAAAUCUUAACUCAACAAAUUUGAUCAAAUAUCGACCCACAAUGUGGCAAUUGUGCUGCUUCGUUUUGAUUUAUGUUCCGUUGGUUUCUGGAAGGUACCAUUGGUCCAUAUGUCCGGAUGUAGAACCUCUGGCUGAAGUAAAUACAACUGACUUGGAGGGGCUCUGGUUCGAGAUUGAGAAGUUCGACUUGUAUUACGAGCGCAGACUUGCAAGAUGUACCAUUUUGAGGCUGUCUAUGGACAACGAAACGCGAGAUGUGCACCCGACCUUGAAGUUCAAAAAAUUUGGCAAGGAACGAAAUGGUUACCAUACCAUUCAGGGGUCACUCAUUCACAUGGGUCAGCCGAGAGGGAGAUUCUUGGGAAACCUGUGGAGAAGCCAAGACAUCUUUGGCAGAGUGUUUGACCUCAGUCUAAUGGCAUUCGAGCCGAAUGAGUACAUGUUGUUCUACGAGUGUACUUCGUUCGGCUUCGAAAAUAUGUGGAUCUACAGCCGGAACCGAUAUCUCUCCUUUGAGACUAGAGAAAAACUUACCAAGAUGAUGGUGGAUUUGGAAGUGGACAUGAGAGGCGUGAUCAUAACCGAUCAAGCGAAUUGUCCUUAACUCUCAAAUGAUCUGGCAGCUAAAAUGUAAACUAGUACUGUGAACAAAUAA